AUGAGUUCCGGGUACUGCGGAGGCCAAGAAGGAUGGGGUCCCACAUCACCCAACAGAGUCGACCUCACCCCUUGCUUUGAAUCCACCAUCCUUUUAACCCUUCCCGCUUGCUUGGCCGUCACUGCCUUCUUAUACCGUACAUGGAAGCUCCACAGAAACGGACAGGCCCAUGGACUUGGGAGGACAAACUUGAUCUACUGGCUUGGACAAUCCUUCAUGUUGGUGUCUAUGGUCGCCCUUAUUGUCAGAGCUGCAUUGUCGGGAAGUGAGGAUAUUUAUUCGCCUGCCACUGUGCUUGGUAGCGCAUCCAUGGCUGCUGCUUGGCUGUUUGCCAUGGUCUUGAACAGAUUUGAACACCUCUACGAGAUUCGCUCGUCGACUGCCAUAUACUCUUACUACCUCGUCUCAAUCGUUGCAGGAGCCAUCACCAUCCGCACCCUCAGCGCCCUUCCCUCAGGAUCAUCAACCACCCUCUAUUACGUCUACUAUGGAUCCAUCAUUCUCGGAUUUGCAGUCGAGGCAUGGCCACGUGGAAACACUCGUGUUCAGCAGGACAGCAACGCCAGCUCCUACGAGAAGGCCAACAUCUUUUCGCGAUACUGGUUCCACUACAUCCAGCAUCUCAUCUCGGACGGAUACAAGCGACCUCUGCACGCACCCGAUGUCCAAGGAAUGAUGCCUCUCAGGAUCAAGACAAAGUUCUCGUACUCGUACCUUUCUGACAAAUGGGAUGCACAUCUUGCCAAGCGCGCUGCCAAGGGUAAAGAUCCCCAGCUGAUCAGGUUGGUUCUUGUAGCCUAUGGACCUCAGUGGAUUCCUGUCAUUAUUUACAGGUUCAUGGCAUCUGUGCUGUUGUUUAUCUCCCCCGAGUUAAUGAAUCAGUUGUUGUCGUUCACAAAGUCCUACUCCACCGAUGCGCCUCAACCAGUGGCGCUCGGAAUCGUCUUGUCGUUCGGCAUGUUCUUUGCGACGAUCCUAAGUGCGGUGAUGGAGGGCCAAUACAAUCAGCUGAUCAUGAACAUGGGUAUCGAGGCCCGUACUGCCUUAAUUUCUAUGAUCUACCGUAAGGCCCUCAAGCUUUCGCCUGCUGCCAGACAGACUCAAACACCCGGAGAGAUCAACAACCACAUGUCGGUCGAUGCAGAGAGAUGGUCUCAGGCGUUGCCCUUGACUCCCUUCUGGUUCUCGGUUCCCUUGGAGAUCUGUAUUGCGCUUUGGUUGUUGUACCGUCAGUUGGGCUGGGCUUCUCUUGCUGGUUUGGCUACUAUCAUUGCUGUCACCCCUCUCCAGGGCUGGAUUGCUGCCUUCUUCUCUAAGGCGAAGGACACCAAGCUCACCGCCAUGGACAACCGCAUCCGUCUGGUCAACGAGGUCCUGUCAGGAAUCAAGAUCGUCAAGCUUUAUGGAUGGGAGUCGUCGUUCCGCAAUAAGAUUGCUGUGUAUCGUAACCGCGAGCUCUCGAUCUUGCGCAAGAUGGGAGUUGCCUUCUCGUUCAUGACCAUCAUGUUCAGUUCGAUGACCUUGUUGAUUGCGCUCGUCUCGUUCAGUAUCUACGCCACCGUUGGAGGCCCUGGAUUCACACCCGGAGACAUCAAUUCACAGACCAUCUUCGUCUCGAUCACCCUCUUUGGAAUGCUCAACAGACCCAUUGGUAUGCUCUCGUACAUCUUGGGAGAGACCAUCGGACUCAUUGUCGCCACCCGUCGUAUCCAGACCUAUUUGUUGUCUGAAGAGCUUUCCGAUGACCAGAUUGAUCGCUCUGACGACUUGCCCAAGGACCCUGCGCAGCCAGUCAUCGAGAUCAAGGAAGGCGUCUUUGCUUGGGAUAAGGAUGGGCCCGAGGAGGAGACUGAGAAGCAGACUAAGGUUAGGGAGAAGAAGGAGGUUAAGAAGCGUAAGCUGGAGGACAAGGAGGCCAAGGAAGCUGGUUUGCCAGUCCCAUUCCGUGCCGAAUCCGUCGAGCGCAACUAUGAGCCCACUCUCAAGAACAUCACCCUUUCGGUUGACCGCGGUAACCUUACAGCCAUCGUCGGCCGUGUCGGUCAGGGGAAGACAUCGCUUUUCAACGCUAUGAUUGGAGAUAUGUACAAGCGCCAUGGAACGGUCAGGAUGUCGGGUCGUGUGGCCUACGCCCCCCAGCAAACUUGGAUCAUCAACGCCACCGUCAAGGAUAACAUUGUGUUUGGCCUCCCCUUCGAUCAGGACAAGUACGAUCGCAUCGUUUACGCCGCCGGACUUGGACCUGAUAUUGAGAUGCUCCCAGCCGGCGACCAGACCGAGAUCGGAGAGCGUGGAAUCAAUUUGUCGGGAGGACAGAAGCAACGAGUCUCUCUCGCCCGUGCUGCCUAUCAGGAUGCCGACAUCUACCUUCUGGACGACCCUCUCAGUGCAGUCGAUGCGCAUGUUGACCAGCAUUUAUGGCAGAACUUGAUCGGGCCUAGAGGGUUGCUGAAGGAUAAGACGCGUCUUUUGGUCACCCACGGCAUUCAUCAUCUGAGCGAGGUUGACCAAAUCGUGGUUAUCAAGGAUGGUGAGAUCAGCGAGACCGGCCGGUACCAGGAGUUGAUCGACGCCAGGAACGCCUUCAACCAGCUUAUUCAGGAUUACUCUGUCGCCCACAAGGAGAAGGACGACUCUGACUGUGAGGCUGAAACCAUCAACGAGGUCGAGAUUAGCGAUGGCCCCACCACAACUGAGCCCAAAAUCGAGAAGGUUGAUGACAAGCUGGACGAAAAUGCCGGCCUGACUGAGGAGGAGACGAUGAAGGUUGGCGGUAUUCAGUGGAACGUUUUCAAGAUCUACGCCAACUCUGCUGGUUUGUUCAAUGUCAUCCAGGUUCUCAUUUUGUUCUGCAUCAUCCAGGGCUGCCAGAUCGGAACCAACACUUGGCUCGAGCACUGGGUUAGCGCCGCCAAAACUUCGACCCACACAAUUGGCUACUAUAUGGGUGUCUAUGCGUCCUUGGUCGGCAUCUUCAUGACGUUGAUCGCCUGGACCUCAUACACCACCAUGGUCUCUGCCGGUGUCCGCGCCUCAGAGCAGCUCCACAACAUGCUCCUGAACAAUAUUCUCCGUCUGCCCAUGUCCUUCUUCGACACCACACCCACAGGUCGUAUCAUUAACCGUUUCUCGUCCGACAUCUUCAGUAUCGACGAGAAACUCCCCUGGGCUUUCCACGACUUGUUUUUCUGUGGUGUCUCCGUCACGGGAAGUUUGAUUGUCAUUUCUGUCACGACCCCCAUAUUCUUGGCCAUUGUGCCACCCAUCUUUGUGAUUUACGGCUUUGUGAUGACCUACUACAUUGCCUCCUCCCGUGCCUUCAAGCGUAUCGAAUCUGUGGCAAAAUCGCCAAUGUACCAGCACUUCUCCGAGACCCUGUCUGGUGUGUCGACGAUUCGUGCCCUCCGUUGCAACGAGCGCUUUAUUGCCGACAACGCCUCCCGUUCGGACCUGGCCUCGAAUGCUCACUUUGUUUGGGCUGUCGGUAACCGUUGGUUGAACGUUCGUCUUGAGUCCCUCGGAUCCGUCAUUGUCCUUGCUGCCUCGCUGUUUGCUGUCUUGGCCCGCAACAGCGUCAACCCCAGCAUGGUCGGCAUGUCGCUCGCCUAUGCCCUGAACAUCACGGUAGAUAUCACUUGGCUUGUUCGCUGCCUGUGCGAGGUCCAAUUCGAGAUGGUUGCUGUCGAGAGAACGGAGGAGUAUUCCAACAAGAACCAGGAGGCUCCCAACGUCACCGAUGUUGCCGUUCCUGAGAACUGGCCCGGUGAGGGAAAUCUCUCGUUCAAGUCUUACUCGACUCGCUACCGUCAGGGUAUGGAUCUGGUGCUCAAGAAGGUGUCGUUCGAUGUUCUGCCUGGAGAGAAGGUUGGCAUUGUUGGAAGAACUGGUGCCGGAAAGUCUUCUUUGACCUUGGCCCUGUUCCGUAUCAUUGAAGCCGCCAACAGCCACUGGGCCAAGGCUAGCCAUAAUGGCGCCGACAUGGACGAGGAUCCCGCCAAGGCCGCCGAGGUCACCGAUCUGGAGAAGGUCGAAGUUGAGGAGGAUGGCGGAUCAAUCUGGAUCGACGGUAUCGAUAUCUCUACUGUCGGUUUGGAGCAACUCCGUCAGCACCUUGCUAUCAUCCCGCAAGACCCCACGCUGUUUGUCGGCACUGUCCGCGAUAACCUGGAUCCCUUUGACGAUGCCACUGACGCCGAGAUCUGGGAGGCUCUUGAUCGCGCCCAUUUGAAGACAUAUCUCUCCACGAUGCCUGGCGGCCUUUCGUAUGAGGUGACGCAAAACGGCGAUAACUUCUCGGUUGGUCAGCGGUCCUUGAUUUGCUUGGCCCGUGCACUUCUCCGUAAGACCAAGAUUUUGGUCCUUGACGAGGCGACCGCCGCAGUAGAUGUUGAAACAGAUGAAUUGAUUCAGAGGACUAUCCGCACCGAGUUCAAAGACCGAACGAUUUUGACGAUUGCGCAUCGCAUCAAGACUGUCAUGGACUCUGACAAGAUCCUGGUGCUGGAGAAAGGACGUGUGGAAGAGUACGAGUCCCCAAGCGAGUUACUGAAGAGAAAAGAAUCGUUAUUCUAUAGACUGGCGGAGCAGGCCGGUGAGGUUGCCUCGGCCUAA